AUGGCUACUACAACUGAUAACUGGAUUAAAUUAUAUCGAUGGUGUCAAGAACAUUUAAAAUCUCAUUUUGUUUCAUCAUCAAUAUUUAAUAAUCAUCACUUAUUACUUCGUCGUUCAUCAUUAAUACCAUUUCAUUCAACAAAUAAUAAUUAUUCAAAAAAGAUCAAAAAACGUUCUUCAUAUGAUGAAAUUGAUUUACGUCAAAUUGGUAACAAUGAUUUUCGACACGUACGUGAUAGUAUACGUGGUAAUAUUCCUCAUGCAAUACGAAUAAUAUCAACAUCUACAUCUAAAGAAAGACAUCAAGUUAAAAAACUAACUACGUAUAAUAAAUCAUCAGAAGAAAUUUUAUUUUAUGAAAAUAAAUUUAUGUCUUCGAAAUUACCACCAAUGAAUAAAAAACGUACUAAUAAACUUCGACGUUUUUCACUUGCUAAAUUUGAAUUAUCAAGUGUGAAUUCAAAUGGAACAAAAGCUGAACAAAAAUCAACAACUUCAUCUAGUAAUCGUAAUAUUAUUCAAAAAUUACUUUUUCGACAAAUUAAUCCUAAAACUCGACCUUGUACAAUGGGAACUUCUCCUGAUGAUAAUAUAUCUACACCAAAAGUACCAAAUGAAACACCCACUAAUCUUCGAAUGGCUAGUCCCGCACGUUUAAAACAAUCUGGAACUAGUUCAUCAUCUCUUAAUACUUCUAAACCAAAUAUUCGUCAUGGAAGAGAACUUUUACCAUCAUCAUCAACACCUUACAAUGUAAUAUCGAAAAGUCAUCAAUCGGAUUUAAAUGCAUAUUUAUCUAAACGUCGUAAUACAACAGGAAGUAUAUCACUUAAUAAAAUAGUUGAUACUAAAAAUACAUUAAGUGGAAAUACUUUAUUAGCAACAGCUGUUAAUGCAUUUAAUAACUCAAAUAAUAAAAUAUCAAUUGAAAAAGAUAUUUUUCAAACAGUCGAAGAUUCAGAUUUUCUUCUAACAAAACAAUUAAUUGAAACAAAUGAAAAUAUUGUUAAUUCAUAUAAUGAAUAUGAUUGGCGUCCAUUAGAUAGUGCUAUAAUGCUUAAUAAUAUUCUAAUGAUACAACUUCUUUUACAAUAUGGUGCUGAAGAAAGUCCUAAAAUUCAAUCGGAUAAAUCACGUUAUCAAAGUAUUUUUCAUCAAUUAUCAAUUCUUAGUGAACAAAGUUCUGAUGAUUCGAUUAAAAAAUCUUCAUCAAAUAAAUUAGCACCUGAUGAUGUUCAAUCGCGUCGUUCAUCACCAUUAAGUGAUAAACAACAACGUUAUCGUCGUACAAGUAAAAGUCAACAGCAACAUCAAUACAAUCAACAACGUUUAUUAACAUUAACACAAAUGAAAGAUAAUUACGAACAAGCAGCUGGAAAAAAAUUUCGUUCUUCUCUCGUAACUGUUAAAAUUGCAGUUCGACUUUUAAUAGAAUCUAAACGAAAAAAAAAUCUUGAAUUUUAUAAUCAAAGAUAUGUUCCUGAUGCACCAACAAAUGUUCGUUUAAUGGUUACUGGUUCAGAUAAUAUAACUGUAAUAUUUGAUGAACCAUUAAGAUCUAAUGGAGCUAUGGUUAUUAAAUAUAAAAUUGAAUGGAGUACAGAUGAAUAUUUUAAUCAAAUAUCAUUUGAUAUAAUUAAAAAUUGUUUUCUAAGAGAAUAUAUUAUUCGAAAUUUACCUGUUGGACAAAAAUGUUAUGUACGAGUAUCAGCUGGAAAUAUGAAAGGUUUUGGUGAAGCAAGUAUUGCUAAUCCACCUUAUUGUGUUCCAUCAAAUUGGCGAGAAUUUUCUAAAACAUCGCGUACAAAUAUUUAUGAUUUACGUUUUGAAGAAAUUUUAAAUAAAAUUUUUAAUGAACGACAAGGUAAUGGAAUUAAUAGAUCAUUCGAAGGAAAUGAUUUAUCUGAUACAACAAAUCGAAGAAAUCCUCGUCGAAGUUAUGGAAAUCUUCGAAAAAAUCUUCGACAAUUAUUUCAAUUUUAUCCUCGAUUAGCAAAAACAAUAAAACGAGGACUUUAUUUAGUAUCAGUUAUGUUAAAUAAUGAUCGAAUAUUAGUAACAAAUGAAGAUGUUUUACCAAUGGUUGAAGUUGAUGAACAUUAUAGUCAUAAUCUAUUAACAGAUUUUCAAUGGUUUAUGAAAUUAACAUUUGUUUGGGAUGAUUUAAAAAAUUUACGACCUAAAUUAGAACGAUGUUCAAGUGCAACUUCAUUUUAUUUAAGAAUGAAACUUGUUCAAGCAGCUAUUGAACUUCAAACAUUAGAAGAAGUAAAUAAUCUUGGUCGUCUUCAUCAUACAUAUAUUCGUGAUAAUGAUGGUAAUGUAGUAUUUGUAUUAAUAAAUGAUUUAUCUUCUGAUACACGAACAAAUAUUUAUCCAUCAAGUUUAAAAUGGAUGACAAUGACAAAAUUUUUUGAAAUAAUGAAAGAAUCUCCAUCAUUAACAAAUAAUUCUUGUCUUCAACAAAUAAUUGAAAAACUUCCAGAUAUGGUUGAAUUUUAUCAUGCAUCAAUGCGUUGUCAUGAUUCUGGUUUAUAUGUUGCCUAUUUAAAAAUGCAAAAUAGUGUUGAUUCAAUACGUGUUAUGGUUAAUAAAUAUAUGCCCGGUUCAUUACCAUGUACAAAAAUUCGUUCUAUAGCUAAUGUAUCUAGAGAAGAAUGGGAAUGGUUACAUAAAAGUAAUAAGGAAAAUUCAGUAGAAGAUGAAUCUCCAGAUAAUAGUCUUGAUUUAUUUAAAAUUCAAUUUUGUAAUGCAGCUAAAGAAUUAUUUAUUAUGCUUGAUCUUCCUGAAACACAUUUUUCAAAUAGUCGAAUAUAUAGUUCACAAGUUGUUGAAAUUCGUGAUGAUUUAUCAUUAAUUAUUUUAAUGUCAACAGCUGAUGAAGUUAAUUUUCUUUCUAAACCAUCAAAUCAUUCUCUUACAUCAUUUAUUUAUUUACCUAUAUAUAUAUUUGAAGUUUUCCAACACUUAAGUAAUAAUUAUCGUUUUAUAUGUCAAUAUAGUCGUGUAUCAAUAUGUCUUGAUUUUGAAUUGAUAUAUGCUCAACAAAAUCAACGUGAAGCAUUUUCAAUAAAUGAAUUAGAUGAAACACGUUAUCGUCUUAAUCAUUUAUUAUCAUGUCAACAAGAUCUUGAUGAUAUAUGGCGUUCAACACGUUGGCUUGUUCAUGUUAUAAAUUGUGCUAAAGAUAAAACAUAUUCUGGUAUAUCACUUAAACCAUUUCAAUCAUCAACAAAUUUAAAUGAAAUAAAAAUUGAUCAAUCAUCAUCUUUAAUAUCAUCAUUUAAUUCAAAUAAUUAUUUAAUAAAGAAAAAAAUAAAUAAUUUUAUUGAUAUUGAAGAUCAUAUAAUUGAAUUAACAUUUUAUAGAUCAUUAGUAACACCAAAUACAUAUAUUCCAUUAAAAUUACGAAUAAAUAAAAUGACACGAUUAAAUGAAAUUUUAAAACUUAUUUUAAAACAACAACAAAAAGAUACUUUUUUAAAAUCAAAUUCAUCAUUAAAUUUUGUUUGGAUACGUUCAAAUGAAUGUGAAUAUAUUAUUGAAGAAAAUUUAACAGCAUAUGAACUUCAAACACGUCUUUUACGUUUUGGUGGACAAGUUCAUAUACGUACAAAUAGUUCAUCAUCAUCAACUUCAUCACCAAUGAUUCAUAAAACAUCAAGUUUAUUUCCACCUACAUCAGAAAUUAUGUCGAAAGGACCUGGAUCAAGUUUAAUUGGUGAUCAAUCAGUCGAUAAAUCAUCUGUACUUGAAGCUAUUUCUGGAAUUCAAUUACCUCGUGCACCAAAUAUUUGUACACGAUGUCUAUUAGAAUUACGAAUGAAAUCAACAACAGAUACUGAAUACGCUAUCAUUCGUAGUAGUAAAUGCUCGGAAGAUGAAGCUACAACUUUAGAUGAUAUGAAUGAGAUAAGUAGUGCAGUUACUCGUCUGAUUGGAGAGAUUGCUGGUGAAGAAACAAAUGUAAGUUCAACAUCGAUCUAUUUGAUAGUGUAUAAACGUAAUAUACCAUAUGAUUUAACACUUAUUGGUUUACCCGGUAUUACUCGAAAACCAUUUCCUGGCCAAGCAAAAGAUAUUCAUGAACACAUUUUGCAUUUGAUUAAUAGAUAUAUAGAACCACCAACAGCUGUUGUUUUACAUGUAAUUCCAACUUCUAUUGAUUUCACAACAUCAGAAUCGAUGAAAUUAGCUAAGGAAUUUGAUCCACAAUGUCUUCAACAAUUAAUUGCUGCUUCAAUAAUUGAUAAAUAUGAUAAAGGAUACUUUUUCACUGUUAUUUUCAAAUAA